GGCUCCAUCCCUCCGAUGGGACACCCCGUUCCUUCCCGGCUGGCGGCGAUGGCGGCGGCGGCGGCGGCGGCGGCGGGCGGGGCGCGGCGGGCCCCGGUGCUGAGCCCCGGCGCGAUGAACCCCGCGGUGCGGCGCGUGGAGUACGCGGUGCGCGGCCCCAUCGCCGCCCGCGCCGCCGAGCUCGAGCGGGAGCUCGGACAGGGUGUCCCCAAGCCCUUCACGGAGGUGAUCAAGGCCAACAUCGGUGACGCUCACGCCAUGGGCCAGCAGCCAAUCACCUUCCUGCGCCAGGUGGUGGCUCUGUGCCUGUGCCCCGAGCUCCAGGGUCACCCCUCGGUCCCGGCCGAUGCUGAGGCGCGCGCCCGGCGGCUGCUGGCGGCGUGCGGGGGUGGCAGCGCAGGCGCGUACAGCGCCAGCCCCGGGCUGCAGCCGGUGCGCGAGGACGUGGCGCGGCACAUCGAGCGGCGCGACGGCGGCGUCCCCGCCCGCGCCGAGGACAUCUUCCUGUCGGCCGGGGCCAGCGACGCCAUCGUGACGAUGCUGAAGCUGCUGGUGUGGGGCUCGGGCCCGUCCCGCACGGGGGUGCUGAUCCCCAUCCCGCAGUACCCGCUGUACUCGGCGGCGCUGGCCGAGCUGGACGCGGUCCCUCUCGGGUACCUGCUGAACGAGGAGCGCCGCUGGGCUCUGGACGUGGCCGAGCUGCGCCGGGCGCUGAGCGAGGGGCGGCGGCGCUGCUGCCCCCGAGUGCUCUGCAUCAUCAACCCCGGCAACCCCACCGGCCAGGUGCAGAGCCGGGAGUGCAUCGAGGACGUCAUCAGGUUCGCCUUCGAGGAGAAGCUGUUCCUCAUGGCCGACGAGGUGUACCAGGACAACGUCUACGCCGAGGGCUCCACCUUCCACUCCUUCAAGAAGGUCCUGAUGGAGAUGGGGCCGCCCUACGCGGACUCGGUGGAGUUGGCCUCCUUCCACUCCAUCUCCAAGGGCUUCAUGGGAGAGUGUGGUCUGCGUGGUGGGUACAUGGAGGUGGUGAACCUCCACCCCGAGGUGAAGGCCCAGCUGGCCAAGCUGGUGUCGGUGCGGCUCUGCCCGCCCGUGCCGGGACAGCUGCUCCUGGACGCCGUGGUGGACCCGCCCCGGCCUGGAGAGCCGUCCUACGAGAGGUUCCAGGCGGAGAAGCAGGCGGUGCUGAGCGCGCUGGCGGAACGCGCCCGGCUGACCGAGGAGAUCCUGAACCGCACGCCCGGGAUCAGCUGCAACCCCGUGCAGGGCGCCAUGUACGCCUUCCCCCGCAUCCAGAUCCCGGCGCGCGCCCUCGCCGCCGCCAAGGAGAAGGAGCAGGCCCCGGACAUGUUCUUCUGCAUGCGGCUCCUGGAGGAGACGGGGAUCUGCGUGGUGCCGGGCAGCGGCUUCGGCCAGAAGGAGGGCACCUACCACUUCCGCAUGACCAUCCUGCCGCCCACGGAGAAGCUGAAGCUGCUGCUGCAGAAACUCAGCGACUUCUACACCAAAUUCGUCCGCGAGUUCUCCUGAUUUGCGUGGCCACGCCUCCUCAUUUACAUAACCACACCCUCCUCAUUUGAAUGACCACGCCCUCCUCGUUGACGUGGCCACGCCCCCCGGAAAUUCAGGAUUUGGUUUUUUGGUUUUUUGGGGUUUUUUUGGGAAUUUCGGGGCUGGACCCCCCAAUUCCCAAAAUGUUCCCGAAUAAAGGACGGUGACCUGUUGGAA